AUGGCAGUGGUGAGAAGAGGAACGAGAGAGGAAACCAGUCAAUCACAGAGCGCAUUACUACAGAAGAGAGGCAAGAACCUUUGCAAAAAGAAGCACUAUCACAUGAAUGCAGGUAUCGGAUUCUUCCAAAUGUCGAUAUCCUCUCUGAAGGACAUACUAAACAAAGCACCAACUCUACUUGUUCCUUGCCUCUCUCUCUCACAUAACCUGCUCUGCGAAGUCAUGUGCAUCGCAAUACAAAUUCGCACUUCAAUCACUACUCUCGAGAAAGACACUCUCUUCUUCCUAUCAUCCACUCUGUCGCUUUUCUUCUUCUUCCUCUACCUGUUCUUGUUCCAAUACAUACCGCUGGUUCGGUUGAUUGCUUCAUAUCGUUCUUUCUUUGCCAUUUCUCGUUGUCUUGCCGGUCAAGGACCUUGCAUCGCUAUGUCUUUCACCAAGUGCUGCUCCCCCGAGUUUGAUCUCGGUUCCAGUUCGUCCCUCACUCUCAGCAGCCCCAUCACUGAUCCUGUCGACGUUCCGUUUCGCUUUCGUGACCUACCCAAGGAGCUUCGCUUCAUGGUCUACGAGUAUGCUUUGUCAUUUGACUCAAUCGACAAGUACUGCAGGGACUAUCUGGAAGUCCUGCAUGCCAUCCAAUCAAGCGCAAGAGAGUCUGCACCUGCUCCUGCUGUCAAGAAGGUCUGCCCAUCCAUUCUCUUGACCAGCAAGGAGAUCACCGAGGAAGCUCUGCCCUUCUUGUACAAGACCCCUCUCAACUUGUCGUUCGGUAUCUUGAAGGCCCAUCUCCAGGAUCUCAUUGCCCCAGAGCUGCUUCGUAAACUUCACCAUAUCAACAUCUCGGAUGCUGGAGCUCGUCAUCUUGACACUCCGCCCCAUCACUGCUUCAGUGGUCUUUGCUACACUUGCGUCGAGCUCGCUGUGAUUCUCAGGCCUGGCCACUCGCUCAAGUCGUUCACCAUGGACUAUGCUUCACCUUAUCUGUCUGUCCAUCUGAAGGAAUGUCUCAACGAUGAUGGCAGGCAAUGUGGUAUCAAGAGCUGGAACCGCAACUUACUCAGGUCUCUCAAGGAGCUUCACAACAUCGAAAAAGUCUCUGUGGCUAUCGAGCUGCCUGAGAAGGUGAAGCAGGAGCUUGUCAGCUCUAUGAAGGGUCCCGCUUGUGGCUUCCUCAGUCUUCCUCUUCAUGUCCGCCAGAAGAUCUAUGGUUAUGCUGCUGAUCCCAACGAUGGUGCAAAUGCACUUUCGCGUGCCACCAAGGCGCUUGCAUUCAACCAAGAUCCUGACUUCAAGGAAACAACCACUCCGACCAUCUUCCUCAUCAACAAGCAAAUCAACGAAGAAGCCUCGGACAUCAUCUAUAGCAAGCCCUUCGUCAUCAAGGACUUGUACCCAAUGGUCAACAUGACUUUCUUGAAGCUGGAUGAUUUCUUCUCCCGCUACACUUUCAAGAAGGUCCAGCACUUGGAACUGCAUUUAACCGACCACAACCACCUCAGCAUGCUCCACACAAUCGCCAGCGUCCUCAGAUAUCGUCGCAAGAAAAACCCUCUGAAGUCGCUUACCCUCCACUUCGUGGAACCACGCAGCAAACGCCUGAUCCUCGCCGUCAACGAGUACUACCCAGACAAUCCCAUCUACGUGUGUAUGCGCAGUCUCAACUACCUCCGCGGCUGUGUUGAAAACGUCUCUAUUACUGGAAGCAUGCCUGAGUGCUUCACUGCUCCUAUCAUUCACAAUAUGGGCUUGAAGUCGUUUGAUCAGAUGGCUAUGCCUGUCAAGGUGGUGAAUGGGGGUGGUCGUCAGGUUGAUGUGCAUGCGGUUCAGGGUACUGUGUUCUACAGGAAGUACCGUGGUGUCUUGGCUGAUCCUAUGGAUGACCGUAUGAUCAUUGAUUGA